AAUCAAUUCAUGUGUGUCAGCAUUUUACAUGCAAAGACACGUCGUCUCGCUUCAAACCUCUGUUUUAAAGCUCUGUAUUUAAACCUUCAAUUAGCUUCAUCAAUCCCUGAUCAUGGCUUCACGAUAUCACGACGAUUGGCAAUCAAGUAAGAAAACAGUCUUGCAAAGAAACGCGUAUAUGUUUGAUAACGAAUUGAUGAGCGAUGUAUCUUUCACUUGUGGGGAAUCAAGUCGUAUAUUUCAUGCACACAAAUACGUGCUUGCCACGAGCAGUGCUGUGUUUUUUGCCAUGUUUUACGGGAAUUUAGCCGAGAAAGAAUCUCCCAUUUGUAUCCCAGACGAGGAAGAAGAAAGCUUCGAAGAGUUUCUGCGAUUUCUGUACACUGACGCUUGUAAAAUAACUGCUGAGAACGCGAUAGUUGUUAUACAUUUGGCUAAGAAGUAUCUCGUUUCGUCUUUGGCGGAGAAGUGUCGUGAGAUUCUGGAGGCGAGCAUCAAGCCUGAUAAUGCCUUCGCGGUGUUGAAGCAAGCGGUGCAAUUUGAUGAAAAAGAGUUAGAAGAAAAAUGUUGGAAUAUUGUUUCGGAGAAACCUCUGGAAUGCAUCAACUCGGAAGCGUUCUGUGAAGUCGGAUCAUGUACGCUCAAUGCUUUUUUAAAGAAGGAGACGUUCUCGAUAACAGAAAUGGAAUUGUUCAAAGCAAUAUUGAAAUGGACCGAUAAGGAAUGUGAUAGACAGGGCUUAAAUAUCGAACAAGACAAAACGGCAAGAAGACGCAUUCUAGGAGAUAGUGUUUAUGAAAUUCGUUUCCUUGCAAUGCCUCUGGAAGACUUUGUAAAAUAUGUCUCCCCCACUGGAAUACUUACAGACACAGAAAUUGUGUCCAUUUUGCAAAAGCUUUGCAAAUUAGACGUGGCAGGCUUGAAAUGGAAAGAACAUAAAAAGAGGCAACCAUGUAUACCCCUAAUCAGUUUCAGCAGAUUUGGCUCUGCCGAUGUUACAGGCAGCGGUUGGAGUUGCCACGGAGAAUCCGAUGGUCUUGCUCUGGUUGUCAAUAAAGCUGUUCUCUUUCACGGUGUUCGCUUGUUUGGUUUCAAUGGCGGCCAAUACAAAGUCAAUUUUACAAUCAAGGAUAAGAAUGUAACAGGGACCUACACUUCAGAACAAGACAGUGACGGCGUGCCGGGUUAUGACGUCAUGUUACCCAAUCCAAUUCCUCUACUGCCAAAUAAAGAGAUCACAAUAAUUGCGACAAUAAUAGGACCAAAUUCUUACAGUGGUACCAAUGGAAAAUCAUCAGUGAAAAUCGAUGACAUUGUUAUAACUUUUAAAAUCGCACCUUCUGGCUUAAGUUCCAAUAGCACGGGCAAAUCCUCUGGUCAGUUUUACAAAAUUUUUCUUUCUAAGCUGAAGUUUUGAGAAUAUUUUGUGACUUGAUAUAAAUUAAUUUAAUUGCAUGGCUAGUAUUAUAAUUUAUACUGUAUGAGUCAUACAAUAUAUAAUACUGUAGUUAUUUAUGAUGCAAUAAUAUCGAAAUGUUUGGGCAUCUCCUUCGAUAGGACGAAUAGUAUAUAGAUGGCUAUUUGGGAAAUUAAAUUUUUGAACGCAAAUUUAUAUCCAUUUUUAGACGUAACCAGCAAUUGCUGCUGGUCAGAUCUAAACAUGUCUAUAAAAAUUUGCUUUCGAAAAUUCCAUCUACAAAAAACCCAUCUGCUGUACGAGAUAAUGCCCAAUAUAUUGAUG